AUGGUCAACAUAACGGAGAAGAUCAAGGAGAUCGAGGCCGAAAUGGCCCGAACUCAGAGUGGGUUUCAGCAGCGUGUCAUAGAUGGCCUGGUCCGCAAACUCGCACGGCUACGUGCACAACUACUUGAACCAGCCGCGGGUGCCGGCUCCGGUGGUGGUACAGGUUUCGAUGUUUCAAAAUCAGGGGAUGCCCGAAUAGCCCUGGUCGGCUUCCCUUCAGUGGGUAAAUCGACCUUCCUCUCGAAAAUCACAAAGACCAAGUCCGAAGUGGCCGCAUAUUCCUUCACGACACUCACGGCCAUUCCCGGCGUGCUCGAGUAUGGAGGAGCAGAGAUCCAAAUCCUGGAUCUCCCUGGUAUCAUCGAAGGUGCCUCGGAAGGAAAAGGGCGAGGACGACAGGUCAUCAGCGCCGCAAAGACAUCCGACCUGAUCCUGAUGGUGCUCGACGCGACCAAACGCGCAGAGCAACGGGCUCUUCUUGAGGCAGAACUCGAGGCCGUUGGCAUCCGGCUCAACCGCGAGCCGCCCAACAUCUACUUGAAAGCCAAGAAGGCCGGCGGCAUGAAGAUCACCUUCCAAUCCCCACCCAAGUACCUGGACGAGAAGAUGCUGUACAACAUCCUACGGGACUACAAGAUGCUCAACUGCGAAGUGCUCGUGCGCGACGAGAACGCCACCGUCGACGACUUCAUCGACGUCAUCAUGAAAGACCACCGCAAGUACAUCCGGUGUCUGUACGUGUACAACAAGAUCGAUAGCGUCACGGUCGAGUACCUGGACGAACUGGCCCGCGAGCCCCACACGGUGGUCAUGUCAUGCGAGCUGGACCUGGGCGUCCAGGACGUGGUGGAGAGGUGUUGGCAGGAGUUGCGCCUGAUGCGCAUUUACACCAAGCGGCAGGGCGUGGACCCGGACUUUAGCGAGGCCCUCAUCGUCCGCAGCGGCAGCACGAUCGAGGACGUGUGUGACCAGAUCCACCGCACGCUCAAGGAGACGUUCAAGUACGCGCUGGUCUGGGGCGCCUCAGCCAAGCACAUCCCGCAGAGAGUCGGGCUGGCCCAUGUUGUCGCAGAUGAGGAUGUGGUGCAGGUCGUGAGUGCGUGGAAAGCAUAG